AGUGCGCACACAAGGGGAGAAACAAAGACCGAUGCAGACUUACUUUAGCAGACAGGCAAUUGAGAUAAUUGAAGAAAAUUACAGGGUGGGCAAAGAGAGGAGUGUAAUUUCUCCAACAGAUAUCUUAUCAGAAGGAACAUUGUGACGGAGGGAGAGGGGGCCGGUUUCUAACUACGCAGACUGGACACCAUAGCACCUGUAACUUCGGCUCUCUGCUGUUGGGAGUGGGGGAUUACUGCAGUGCUGACAGGCCAAUAAAGCUGUAGCAUAGUGAGACUGCUCUUAAUACAGAGUGUAAACUGUAGAUUCGGCCGGAGAGAAGAGGAGGAGCUUCCACCAUGAGUUGUGGGUGGUUCCACAGAGACCUGUCGGGUCUGGAGGCGGAGGCCAUACUGAAGGCCCGGGGGGUCCAUGGCAGCUUCCUGGCACGACCCAGCAAGAAGAACCAGGGGGACUUCUCCCUCUCCGUUAGGGUGGGAGAGAUGGUGACCCACAUUCGGAUACAGAACACGGGGGACUACUACGACCUGUACGGGGGGGAGAAGUUCGCAACACUUUCGGAGCUGGUGGAGUACUACACCGUCGAGCAUGGCACACUGCAGGACAAGGAUGGCACCAUCAUCGAGCUCAAGUACCCUUUCAACUGCUCCGACCCCACCAAUGAAAGGUGGUAUCACGGUCACUUGUCUGGCUCAAAUGCUGAGAAGAUGCUUGGGGAACGGGACGAGCCUGGGACCUUCUUGGUGCGCGAGAGUCUCUCCAAACCCGGGGACUUCGUUCUCUCUGUCCUGACAGAGGAAAGGAGCAAGGGCCCAAAUAGCCCAAGGAGGGUCUCUCACAUCAAAAUCAUGUGCCAGAAUGAUAGGUACACCAUAGGUGGGUCCGAGAUGUUUGACUCACUGACAGACCUGGUGGAGCAUUUCAAACGCAAGGGUAUUGAGGAGAUGUCUGGGACAUGGGUGUACCUCAAACAGCCCUACUACUCCACCAGAGUGAAUGCGGCGGACAUCGACAGCAGGGUACGAGUGCUGGACAAGACGACAGACGGAGACGAGGAAGGAGGAGGAGAGAAAAAGAGCAAAGCUGGCUUCUGGGAAGAGUUUGAUUAUCUUCAGAAACAGGAAGCAAAGGUGAAAAAGAGCCGAGACGAAGGAAUGAGACCAGAAAACAAGAGCAAAAACCGAUACAAGAACAUUCUUCCCUUUGACGAAACCAGGGUGGUCCUGGAGUCUGGAGACCCCUCUCUUAUUGGCUCUGACUACAUCAAUGCCAACUACGUAAAAAAUAAACUGAGAGAGCCUGGAGACCAGAAGGUCUACAUCGCCACACAGGGUUGCCUUGCCACAACUGUAAAUGAUUUCUGGCAAAUGGUGUGGCAGGAACAGACGCGAGUUAUCGUCAUGACAACAAGGGAGGUCGAAAAGGGAAGGAAUAAGUGUGUUCCAUAUUGGCCAGAGCUCGAGGGCUCCAAAGAAGUGGGCAGGUAUGUGGUUACCUGUCAUUCAGAGAGAGAUGCCAUCGACUACAAGAUGCGAAUACUGGAAAUCACACCUCUCGACCAGUCAGAUGCACCCCGUGAAAUCUGGCACUACCAGUACCUGAGCUGGCCGGACCAUGGGGUGCCACAUGAGCCCGGAGGGGUGCUGAGUUUCCUCUCACAAGUCAACUCCAAACAGAUGGAAUUCCCUAACGCCGGGCCUAUGAUCAUACACUGCAGUGCUGGAAUAGGCCGAACUGGCACCAUAGUGGUGAUUGACAUGCUGAUAGAAACCAUCGAUACUAAAGGCCUCGAUUGUGAUAUUGACAUCCAGAAGAGCAUUCAGAUGGUGAGAGAGCAGAGGUCGGGUAUGGUGCAGACAGAGGCGCAGUAUAAGUUCAUCUACCUGGCUGUCUCUCAGUACAUCGAGACCACCAAAACCAAGAUGCAGGCCCUCGGGAACACCGAGACAGAGUACGGCAACUUGUCCCUGCAGCCGAAACAGAAAGCCAGUCGGAAGGUCUCCAAGAAUAAAGAAGACAUAUAUGAGAACCUGGGAGCAAAGGGCAAGAAGGAUGUCAAGAAACAGAAAUCAGAGGAGAAGAAAAGUGGUUCUGUGCGAAAGAGAUAAUGAGUGAAGAAUGAGCUGCUGUACCCUGUUUUAAACUACGACCAUCUUUUUGCCUUCAUUUUAUUAUUUUUAUCCACUUUAAAUAACUCCAUAUUUUAUUUAAAAACUCUUUAUUUGAUAUGACCCUCCAAAAUUACUAAUGUAUAUUGAAUGUGACUGAGAAAAAAAACAAAAACAAGAAGUUUGUUAUAUGCCUUCUUCUGUACUCCGUUGCCAUGGCAGCAAAAACGUCUGAUGGUCAGCAUGUUUUGGUUCAUGCAGACAUUGCCA